CCAACUCCUCGGAUCAGAAGAUAAUGACUGACCUUCAGAGCAGAGUGACCUUGCUAGAAAGAGCUGUAGGAAAACUUACAGGGAAUGAUCACGCGGAUUUUAAGAAUAUCGGCACCAUAAGGAUUCCAGUUGGAGGGUUUGGAAUCCCUGGAUUUAACAAAACACUGGUGGCUUUUUACGCAUAUCGUGGUUCUAAUAUUGGCGGAGUAAGCCCUGGAUACAUUUUGAAAUUCUCGUCUGUUAUCACCAAUUUAGGGAGUCACUACAACCCGUCGGAUGGAAUUUUUGUUGCACCUGUCCAUGGAAUCUAUAUGUUUCAGUGGACGAUGUCUUGUUUUACCACCGGAAGUAAUAGCUGUGGUACUUCACUGAGAGUUAAUGAUGCCAGAGAGGGCUUCUUCCUUUAUUCAGGAGAGAAUGGGAAUGGUUAUCAUAAUACAGGAUCUAAAACGGUAAUCAUGGAGGCGCAGGCGGGGAAUCAUGUCUGGAUACAAACCGAGAAUUGGUCCAAUGUGUUAAUUGAGAGUCAAUCCUCCUUCACUGGUUGUCUUUUGGCAAUAUUCUAAAGGGUAUAAAAAGACUGAGUUAACCUUGUAUGUAUUAAUUGAAAAUAUCAGAUGGACAUUUUGAAGACAUUAUGAUAUAGAAAUUCAUGAUUGACUGUAACUAUUCAAGAGAAGA